CCUGCGCUCUCCGCGCGCGGGGCAGCCCGGCCCGCCCGCCGCCGCCUCAUGGAGGGCCCCGGGAAGUGGGCAGGGGCCGGCAGCGUGAGGGGGCCACCCGCGCCGAGCGGCCGCCGCUAACUCCGAGCCGGGGAGGCCCGAGGGGCGAGAUCGCGCCCGGCCGUGCGUCCCGCCGUCCGACCUUCCAGCCACUGGCCAGGAGGAGCUGCGCGCUGCCCGGAGCAGAGCCCAUGUGCCCUGGGGUCGCCGAGAGGCAGAUCGCGUCCUGAGGCGGCCGUCCCGGAGGAUGGGUACCACGGCCAGCACCGCCCAGCAGACAGCGGUGUCAGGCCCCCCGUUUGAGGGCCUCCAGGGCGGCAUGGAGGACCACCACUCCCUCAGCAUUCACUCCUUCCAGGCCGCUGGCCCCCACAACAGCCGGGCCAAGUCCAUCAUCACCAACAAAGUGGCCCCCGUCGUGAUCACGUACAACUGCAAAGAGGAGUUCCAGAUCCACGAUGAGGUGCUCAAGGCCCAUUACACAGUGGGCCGGAUCUCAGAGUCCACACAGGAGCACUACCUGGUCCAGGGGCGCUACUUCAUGGUCCGGGACGUCUCAGGGAAAAUGGACGUCCUGAACACCACGGGCAGCUGCGGGGCCCCCAACUUCCGCCAAGCGCGGGGCGGGCAGGCCGUGUUCGGCAUGGGGCAGCCCAGCCUGGCGGGCUUCCAGAGGCUCCUGCAGAAACUCCAGGGCGACGGCCACAAGGAGUGCAUCUUCUUCUGCGUCCGGGAGGAGCCUGUCUUGUUCUUGCGCCUGGACGAUGACUUCGUGUCCUACACGCCCCGGGACAAGCAGCGCCUGCGUGAGAAUCUCCGGGCCCUGAGCCCCGGCGCGCGGCCGGAGAGCCUGGAGCUGGCCAUCCGGAAGGAGAUCCACGACUUUGCGCAGCUGGGCGAGGGCACGUACCACGUGUACCAUGACAUCGAGCACUUCCGGGAUGAGCCGCGCUCGGUGCGGAUCCAGAGCGAGGACGACAUCCACGUGACGGAGGAGGUGUACAAGCGCCCCAUCUUCCUGCUGCCGUCCUACAGGUACCACCGAUUGCCUCUGCCAGAGGCCGGGGCGCCCCUGGAAGCCCAGUUUGAUGCCUUCAUCGGGUUCCUCCGGGAGAGCCCCAGCCUGCUGCCGCUCCGGGACCCCUCGGGGACGCCCCCCGCCCUGGUCUUCAGCUGUCAGACGGGCAUCGGGAGGACCAACCUGGGCAUGGUCCUGGGCACUCUGGUGCUCUCUCACUGCAGGAGGCCGGCCAGGAGGCCAGAGGCAGCCCCCUCCCCCCCUGACGCCCGGCCCUCGGAGCACUCGGAGGUGGUGCAGAGCUUCAUCUGCAUGGUCCCCAAGGGGAAGCAGAUUGUGGAGGAGGUGGACCACAGCUUAGCGGCCUGCUCUGAGCUGCAUAACUUGAAGGAGGCGGUCUCUGAAAAGCUGGAAGGGCCUGGCGGGGACCGGCCGCAGGGAAAUGGUGGCCCAGAACCCCAGCAGCAGAAGACUCUGCAGAGCUUGGAACGCUACUUCUACCUGAUUGCCUUCAACUACUACCUGCAUGAACAGUACCCCCUGGCUUUUGCCCUCAGUUUCAGCCGCUGGAUGUGUGGGCACCCGGAGCUGUACCGGCUACAGGUGAAAGUGAGUGUGAAGGAGCCCGCGGUCCUCGGGGAGCCGGCCGCCAAGGAAGCCUGGGUGCUGGUGGCCGACGAGCCCUUCUCCCCCGACGUGCUCAGCACUGCCCGCGAGAUGGACGUGGCCAACUUCCGCAGGGUGGCCAAAUCCCCUUGGCAUGGCCCAGCCUGCGGGGGCCGGGAGGGGGCUCCCCGCGGGGCUGGGGUCCCCCAGGGCUCCCCCCCUCCCCCAGGCCUGGGGGCCCUCCCCCUGCCACUCCAAGAGGAACACGGGCGUGAGCUGGAUCAACCCCGGGGAAAGGGGAGUCCCAGCGAAGGCCCGGUGGCGUCCCCGGCAGGUGGAGUGCGCCCGGCCAAGGCGGCGAAGGGGCAAAGCCGAAAGGCGCCGGGCCGGCGUUCCCUGGCCCCCUUCCCCCGGCCCCCGGGGAAGGGGGGCGGGGGGAACGGGGCCCCGGCUUCUCCGUUCCCCCCGCCGCGCUGGGGGGGGGGGGGGGCGGCUCUUCUGGGUGUCUGCUGCCCCCUCCUGGACACCCGGCGUCCUGAUAGUCUGCGGUCUAAGCCUGAGGCGGCCCGGGGUCUGGGAGGGGGCGGGGCCUGCCGUGCCCCCGCCUGGCUGAGCCCCGCCUCGCUCCGAGGGGAGGGGGUGGGGCGUUCCUGGGCUGCCACGCCCAGCUGGCGUUCCCAGGCUCCUCCCGAGCUGGGGGGGAGGGGGGCGUUCCCGGGCUGCCUCACUCCGGGGAAGAGGGGGCGUUCCCGGGCUGCCUCACUGGAGGGGGGAGAGGGGGCGUUCCUGGGCUGCCACGCCCAGCUGGCGUUCCCAGACUCCUCCCGAACUGGGGGGAAGGGGGCGUUCCCGGGCUGCCUCGCUGGGGGGGAGGGGAGGUGUUCCCGGGAUGCCUUGCUCCGGGGGCCUUGUGUGAUGCACGACUUUGAGCGCCUCCUGCAGGCGGUGAAGGAGGCGCUGGCCAAGGAGCCCAGCACCGGCUUCGUGUUCAGCUGCCUGAGCGGCCAGGGCCGGACCACGACGGCCAUGGUGGUGGCCGUGCUCACCCUGUGGCACAUUACCGCCUUCCCCGAGAUGGGCGAGGAGGAGAUCGUGAGCGUGCCCGACGCCAAGUACACCAAGGGAGAGUUUGAGGUGGUGAUGAAGGUGGUCCAGCUGCUGCCGGAUGGGCAUCGGAUAAAGAAGGAGGUGGACAUGGCCCUGGACACAGUCAGCGAGACCAUGACCCCGAUGCACUACCACCUGCGGGAGAUCAUCAUUUGCACCUACCGCCAGGGAAAAACGGCCAAGGAAGAGCAGGAGGCACGGACUCUGUACCUCAGAAGCCUGCAGUACCUGGAGCGCUAUAUCUUCCUGAUCCUUUUCAACGCCUACCUUCACCUGGAGAAGCCGGGUUCCUGGCAGCGGCCCUUUAGCGUCUGGAUGCUGGAGGUGGCCGCCAAGGCCGGAGUCUACGAGAUCCUCAACCACUUGGGCUUCACGGAGUUCGAGGCCAUCGAAGACACGUCCCUGUCCAGGCUGCGCUACCGAUGGCGGGAGCGGACCCUCAGCCCCGGGCCCUUCCUGGGGGACUUCCUGUAGGAGGAGCAGCAGAGCGGCCCGCCCGCGGCGCCGCCGGCCUCCCGGAACGCCCCCCCCCCCUGCUGGGCUCCUCCCCCUUUUACCGGGAGAAGGAAGGGGCCGGGCCGCUUCUCCUUUCCCGAGAGCCGGGCGGGGGAUGGGCUGGGGGACCUGCGUUACUCAUAAAGGGAGCUUUGAGAGGGACCUUUCUCACACAAUAAACCGCCUUGUAAAGGGAGGCGCGGUUGGCGGGGCGCCGGCGGGGAGGGGGCGGGGCCCCCGGCAGCCGCUGCCCCAGGAUGGUUUUCUUAAGGACCCGUGUCCCGGGCUCCGGAUCCGGCUCCGGGGGUGUGGCUAGUCCCGGGCCUUUGAUGUUCCUGGCCCUCCCUGCCCCCAUGUGCAUCGCUCUGUGAAGGCUUCAUCCCCUUCCCCCCCCUCAGCCUUGGCUGGACUCGCGGCGACAAACACUGCAGACCUACUGUGUGUGGAUGUGCGGGGCUGUGGGGCAGGUCCUCUAGUCCACCAGCCCAUUUUACAGAUGAGGAAACUGAGUCCCAGAGAAGUGGUCACACACAUAGCGAGUAGCAGGCAGAAUAUGAACUCAGAACCUCCAACUUACCCCUCUGAUCUAGGAUACUGGGCCCAGGUGCCAGGAAACAGCUCCAAAAACCUGGGGAAGGAGGAGGAAAUGCCCCAAAGGCAGCUGCCAGGGAAGGAGGUCCCCGGAUGGGAUGGGGAGAGCAAUACUCUUGUAGAGGCAGUAUGGUUUAACCUGCAGUCCAGGAGCUGUUUUAUUCAGAAGUAGUUUGGGAAGGAUAUUUUAUGCAUUUAAAGCUUUAUUCACAGAUUCAUGUGAAAUACCGUCUACUGCACAGACUUUAAAGUGCUGGGUAACUGUGAGCUAUAGCAGUUGUAUCUCCCAUUGAAAAGGGGCAACCUAGUGGAGAGGGCUCAGAACCAGGUGAAUCCGAAAAGUGCCGGACCCUGGGCUAACCCCAGAGGAUACAAAUGGGCCCCCAUAAGCUUACGGUUUAGUCGGGGGAGACAGCUCCCAAACAAUGAUGGCAGCACAAUCUGUAGUAAGUGGGAGGGGUCCCAGAGGGAAGCGUGAGCCUUGUGCACAAGUGUCUCACAGGGGAGGACCUGAGCUGGGGCUUGAAGGGGCAGCUGGAGCUGGCGGGCUGGGCCAGAGCCUCGGAGCCUUGGAGUCCUGUCCCAGGCAGGGGAGGCCCAGCCUCCUGUGGGUGCUGAGGCGUGAGACUGCUGGUUCCCCAGAGCUUCUGUGCCCCAAAGCUGCAGCCCGGUGGUGGGGAGGGGUCACGCAGGUGGCAAGGGCUGCCUCCCCCUUGGCCAUGGGCCCUGUGGGCACAGUGGCAGCCCAGGGAAGGCGGGGGGCAUCUGAUGGGCUGAGAGAAGGGGCAGAGGCUCAGGCGUUAGGAUAACCUGGGCUUGCAGGACUGUCCAGGAGAGGGACAGGAAGGUCGGGUGGGGGAGAAGGAGCAGUCCCAGGGGGCUUCCUUGGGAGGAGGCUGGGAAGGAGGAGUUGGAGACCAACGAGGCGACCACCAUCUGGAGGGGGGCUGCCCCCCAAGUGGUACAAAGAAAGGGAUGUGCCUUUGGGGAACAUUGCCAGAGAGGGCGUAGGGAAUUAAUUACCUGUUAGGACACGGUCUAACAAGGAUCUAAGGAGCAGUUCUUCAUUGUCUUUUUAUCUGUUGAGACAAAGUUUGAAUGAAGGGUCAGAGGUCAAGGCUUCUCUCGGCUGACCUGGCCCAGCAGCUGUGCGGGAGCACUCACUUUACCUGUUGCCUCAGUUUCUCCAUUUACAAAAAAAUACAUGCUCCCCUCACGGGCAGAUUUGUUCACUCAUGCUUAGGUUUGGGUUUUUGAGCUGCACUUUUGAACAUGGAACCAGUCCAGUGUCUGAAACCAGAGGACCAUGUGAUCUUGGAGAGAUCCCCUCCCUCAUCAGUAAAAUCAGCUCCUAAUUCUAGGGCUGUGCUCCUACUGGAAGCCUCCUUUCUCUCUGUUCAGUCUGCUCAAGCCUCAGUCCUGUCUACUGUUGCACUGACCCAUUUUCUGGGGCUCCCCUGGCAGCUCAGUGUCAAGCUUUGCCCUUCCCUAUGUUCCCUCUUACUGCACACUCCUCCUCCCCUCACCAGUCUCCCCUUUGUUGUCCUCCACAUCCAUGAGCCUCCUCGUUGCCCCCGUGUCCAUCCCCUCAAUUGUUCCUUCUCAGACUCCCUCCUCAGACUCCCGUCUGAGGCUCGGCCUUCAUUCCCAGAGGCUGUGCUCACUCGCAGGUGGGAGCCCUCACCGACUCUCACCCCUUCUCAGCUGUAAAGAAAGGAGUGAACCUCGUUGGACUUGUGGGGCCUCUCCCAGGAUGAAAAGCCAGAGACCCCCCUUUUCCCCCUCCCUCUCUUUUCCCCUCCCUUCUUUGGCCACUCCAUCACUGCAUGAAUAGACCCAUUUAGUCCAGGUUAACAAAGGCUCCGAGUGUUGGCUUGUAAGAGAGGAAGGCCCCGGACUGGGGUGGGGAGCCCCAAAGUCGGUGGCGUGAAUUUCACACAGUGGGGAGGGGAGGGAGGGGAUGGGGGCUUCCUGGAAAUCCUGUUCUAGAACCGGCUCUAAGUAAGAACCUGGACAAGAGGAAAUCCUGCUUUUUUCAUGGGGGAUGGCAAUGAUGACUGUUGUUACAUCUUCCAUAUUCCUGAAGGAUUUACCUGCAAAGCACGGCAGCAGCAUCUCGGUCCCCUCGGGGAGCUGGGGACCGUCAUCCUGGUUUUGCGGAUGAGGAAACUGAAUAAAAAUUAAGGGACAGUUAGUAUGAUUUAGAUGGGAUUUGAACUGAAACUUCCUCUUGCUAAUUUAGGCCGGGGAUUCUAAAAGGGGGGACCUGAGGCUGGGGCUGGGACUCUUUCACGGGGUUCUAGAGGUCAAAAUUGUCUUUGGGAUGCUAUUAAGGUGCUUUCAUUUCUAACAGAGCAAAGAUCAAUAGAGCGAACCCGUAUCCACUGAUGCUCUUUGGGGUCUUUGGUAACUUGUAAAACUAAAGGCUCCAAAGCCCCCUGGUUGGGAAUGGCCACUUGGCAUGAGGAAAUGCUUCUUGAAGUGGGAGAUUUCCCCCCCCCCCCCCACCUCGAGCUCCACACUGUCUGCAGCCACUUCAUCUCUCUUCAAGAGUGGCUCCAGCACCAAAGGGUGGGCUCAGAUCCCAGGGGCCCGUGGGGAGGGCAGGCGCCAGAGGCUCGGCCCUCAGGGAGGGCAGCUUUCAUCCAUCAGCGGCAAUUCAGCUCCCAGCAAGGCCGGGCCCGUGGAGUGUAAACAUUCUGGGCUUGCAAACCAAAUACGCGUCUGACCAUGGACUGAGUGGCAGAAAGCUGAAAAUGGGUCAAACGCAGUCUCGGUUUUCAGUCCAGCACACGUUUAUUUAGCACCUACCAAGUAAAAGGUCCAUGCGAGGGGAUGAGAACCUAAGUAAACCCUACCUUAAAAGCUGGAUAAUAUGGCUCAGAAUGCCGGAGUUUGGGAUUGGGGGGGGAGGAGGUUGGAACCCCUUGGAACACAGGGCUGGUAUAAACAGCUUGUUUCUCCAGCCUUUGCCAGUAUCCCAUUUUAUAGCUAAAGAAAAUGAGUCUCAGAGACAUCACACGCAGCCAGGAACUCUCGCCCUGGGCUUUCUGAAGGUGACCAAAUGAGCCGUCAUUGUCCCAGGCCUGGCCCCAAAUGUUUCUUAGAACCUGAGAAGAGAUCCCGAGGUUGACUUGUGGGCUGGACCACACAUAGCCCCAAAGGUGGUUUCCCCUCCGAAGAGGGGGAAGGAGGGAGAUGACUGGACUGAGAGCCGGUGGGCCCAUUUCUUUCUCUGAGGACCAGCCUUAUGCCAGGAAGACCAGAGUUCAAAUCCAGCCCUGAUUCACAAAGACUGUGUGAUCCCAGGCCAGGACAUUUAUCUCCAAACUGCUCAGAAACUCUUAAAUUAAAGCCCAGUUAUUGAUCUUUA